CGAAAAACAUAAAUCAGGCUGCUGUAGCCUGUUUCUGUAUUGCCCUGUGGGUGAAGUACUCAGCUCUUCCAGGCUAUCCAUGGGUUAUCUUCCACUAAGUUUUGCCUAUAUUAUAUGUAGUUGUGCAGGAAUCUGUAACAGCUUGUGAAAUCAGUCAAUAAAUCUGCUUUUGAUCCCUUAUUAAGGUAGGAUAGGGCUCUAGAGAAAAGAUAGUGUGGAGUGAGCUUUUGCCAGUUAAAUAUGCUGAAUGUGGACCAAAUGCUUCCCUUUCCUAGCUGGGGACCUAGCCCGUGCUUCUGACAUCCGAAGUUGCAAGCUCUUGAAGCUGAGAGGAAAAUACCUUGUGUCUAGGUGACUUGGAAAAACCCCAGGGAAAGGCAUGUGCCCCCAUGGCUCACUAGGGGUGCCGAGGAAGCAGGCAGGCUGCCAGCAGGUACACAGAGCCUGCCCGGAGGCACCCAGGCACUGAGACCCUGCAGACACAGCUGCCCCCUCCUUAGUCUGAGCUCCUGGGGCAGUGACCCACAGCACCGAAGAGCAGAGAUGUACAGAACAGGGCUGGCCACUUGGUCACACUACCUAUACUGACCCUGUCUCGUAACAGUAGAAAGCACUCAGAGACAUUAAAAUAGAACAAAUUUGCAAUGAGAUCAGGUUAUAUGUUUUAUGAGCCAUAUAAUUAACAUGCGACACUCAGAGCCGUGGGAUAUUAUUGACUUAAAUAGCUUAGUAACUAUCAAAAAGGAUUAGGCGUUGACAUGAAACAGAAUAGCAUGUGCACUGACACAAGCUAGGAUCAAAAUUACAGGGGCUACCAGUCCUGGUGCUUCAGGGCACAUUUUGAUCAUCAGCUUGGGGUCAGGAGGAAAGCCAGUCUCUAAUCAAGAGGCAUGCAAUAUGCACAUGGGUCAUCGUUACAUGGAUUUCUCUAUUGGCCUGCUUUGAUUCCUUUCCCUUUUUCUUCUCUGUCUUCCUUUCAUACCCUUCUCUUCUCCCUCUGUUACAUCUAUCAUCUGGAAUAGGUCACUACUGAAGACAAGACACUAAACUAGAUGGAUGGCUGAAUAGUCCCUACUAAUAGGGUAAUUUAAUAUUUGCUUCUCUCCAGAACUCUAUCGUUUAUUUCAAAUAUAAAUUUUAUAUUCACUCACUAAAAAGUUCCUCUCUUUCCAAUCUUCUUUCUAUGCAUGCUACUUUUUAUUUUUAUCAGCCUCACUUAUAAAUCCUCAGAGGUAGCAAAUGAAUGUCAGUUUGGGAGAAGGAAGAAGACAACCAGGCACAUUAAAUGAAAUUGAUUUUCUUGGUAGAUACUCAACAAUGGCGUAAGCAAAAAAAAAAAAAAAUUGAGAUUUUGUAUAGCCAAUGUGAAUGAUCAGCUAUGAAAAUAAGGGGGCUUUCUUCUGUGAACCUGAAUGUGAGGCCAUGAACAGUAAUGAUAAAGUGAUACUUCAUUUAGGUAACUCUGGAUAUUUCUUUGUACAUUCAGAAGCAAGAUAAUAGUUAAGAAGUUAAAAACUUUUCCUCACAUGCCAAAAAAAUCUCUCAUUUUAAGAUGAUGGAAUAUUUCACACAAUUUUAGAUGUCUGGAUGUUUUAUUUUGCAUUUUCAUUUGUUACUAUACUGAAGUAGUGUCAAGAAGCCCCACACAAUAGCAAGGCAGGCUGAAUUUUAUGCCCUGUAAUAUCUCUGUGAGAGAUAAAACCUUCCUGGAGCUACUCACUUUAAAGAGACAGGCUGGAGAGCAGAGACAGAGAGAGAAAAAUUGGUUGAUUCUUUGUGGGACCCCAAGUUAAUAGCAGAAAUCCAGAAAAUGUCUGUUUAAAAACUAUGUCUACUCGUUUUCUUUACUGCAUGUUUCUUUUUUGGUACUUGCUUUCAACCUCCCCAACUGAUUUCUAAUUGCACUCAUUCUUACCCUUCCCAAGUCCUUUACUUUUGCUAACACCCUUUCCUCCUAUCUGGUACUAGCCAGCACUGCCCCACUCAGCACACAGAUACAUGCUGCACAUGGGCUUGUUCAGCCUUGCUGAUCAUGCAUCUUCUCCAGCAUCCUUCCCAUUUUCCACAGUGGUUUGAAUUCCAGUUGGUUUCUGUGAAAUAUUUUUUUUAGUCCUUCAUUCUGCUUCCCUAAAGACCAAUGUUUUCGUGUAAUUGUCUUCCCACAGACAUUCUUCAACAUACCAAAGCUGACCUUAGGCUCCAUGGACAGAUGGGGCCUGAUCCGAAGUCCAUUAACAUCAGAGGAAAUGUCCAUUUACGCCCAUGGGCUUUGCAUUAAAUCCUUUGCAUUUUACUUACUUUCUUUAGUGCCUCUUACUCAACUCCAGUUAUUAAAAUCACAUUAUUACCUCACAGAUCCCUGACAGUUUAGAGUACUGUAUAAGCCAAACUGUGCUACUUCAAAGAUAGAGACCAAAACUGCCACUCUGCUAAUGUGAAAUCUGCAGCUGGCUAGUACGAAAAGCAAAGCUUUAUUUCCAGAUUUCAAUCCUGCAUAUAACUCAGGUCAGGAUCAGUUCAUUAGCUGAAUUUCCCAUUACUAGUGCACAGGCUCUCAAAACCAUUUCUUACUGUUCUGGUCCCUGCAACAUUAUUCUGACCAGGCACCAUCCAGAUUCACCUCUGUUUGCAGUUUUGCUCUCAGUACAAGUAGACUGGAAUGUCAGCCAGAACAUCAAUAUUUCUUUCUGUUGACACAAUACUCUCUUAUCCAUAUUGCCACCCCUCCUCCUGCUUCAUUUUGUCUACAUUCUUGUUAAAAACUCUACUCCCAUAAUUUAGUCUCCCACUCAGUACUUGGUUUAAUCAAGUCUGUCACUCAAUUUAUAUCCCACUUCUCACUUAACACAAGUUUCUCAGUUAGCAAUCUGUUUCUGUAGCACUUGCUAUGCAGAACACAUGGUUAGCUUUUCUUUACACACUUGCUCCUCUGUUCCCUUUCCGAUUUCCAGACCUCACUUUUCAUUGUAGCACUUGAAGAUGAGAAAUGUCCUCUUGUCUCCCUCUUUUUACAUUCCUAGUGUAUUUUUAUAAGACCACUACUAUCAGAGCUUCUUAAAUAUCAUGGGGUGCUUUGUGUAGAGCAUAGAACGCUCUGUGAGUCCAGUUGAAACAGUUUUCAACUGCAGAAUAGCUCUCAGUUUAAUACAUAGUUUUAGAUAAACCUCUCCUGUUGCUGUACUUUUUGGCCAUGGCUCAGCUGCUUUCCUCCGCAUAAGAUUCACUCCCUCUGGCUGCUUAUUCAAUAUAGCUUGCUAAAAUUUAGUCCUAAUCCUCCACUCUCAGUUUUGUAUUGUUGGAACAGAGCACUGUUCCAGUUGCUCUGUACAUCUUAACAUUGGGGAAUGGGUUGCAUAUUUCCUGAUGACAUGGCCUUGCUCAACCACAGCACAAACUUAACAGUUCACUUUUCCUGCACAAAGGACAUCUAAUGUCAUUUUGGGUGGUGGAAAUGCAGUGCCAGUUGUGUAUCAGCAACAUUGCCCACCUCUGUAUAAUCUUCCCACUUGAAUUUCAUGUUAUCAGCCAAUUCCCCUGGUAAAGACCAUGGGUUGUCAAACUGCUUCCCUCCUUGGCUGUAACUGUUCUGUUAAAGAAACGGGUAGACCACCAAAUGAGGCUGUUGGAACAGUCUUAUCUUGGCAGAAGCCUGAUCAACUGAUACCUGUUGGAUAGAUCAUUUGUUGGCUCUCUGAAUUAUACAGCUGUGUCAGCAGGUUUCCAGGUUUAAAUGCUGGCAAUGGUGUGAGACACAGAAUGCUGUUGUUUCAUAAUCACCUUCUAGAGGUAUUGCUUUGUUGUAAUGCUACUGUUAUGUUGUCCUACUUUUGCUAUCUACUUUCUGCAUAGGAGGAGGGAAAUUUUGCCCACUGCAUCACUUUGGUGUAGUCUUUGCAGCACUGGGUUGGCUGCAUUUAACCUGGAGACAGGGAGCAGGGGGUUUAUGCAGGUGGCUGCUGUCACUGCUUUUCAUAUGAUUGAAUAACAUGAUGAUUUCAUAGUCCAGACAUGGCGCAGAAAUAUAUGGUACUUAUACAGUACUCUUAAUUUUCAGAUCAGUUUAAUGCUACUCCUGGCUUAUGGUACAGUCAUCUGUCUCUCUGAAUGUUCUUAACACAGCUUGCACUCCCAGUCACGCAGGAGAGGCCAGUGCAGCCCUUCCCUCUCUGGCUGAAUCAGUGACUGCCCUAUAUAAAUCUGCAUAUUAAGCAGAUUUGGCAAUUGUUCAGACAGAGACAGACUCACUUAAGUAAAAGGAGAAAACAAACUUGCUUAUGAAGGCACUGCAGCAGCAGUCUCAGAUGCUGUGCUAGUAAAGACAGCACAGAGGCUGGUUUGUUUUCUUUUGUAGUUGGGAGACUGAUGAUUUCUGUUUGUCUUCUGCGUCCAAGUCCCAUCACCAUAAACCACGCGUGUGUGCGAAUGCCGGUUCGCACUCUCUUAACAGUUUCAAGCCAUUUCGCGUGUUACCGCUUUACCUCUGCACCAGAUGGUUCAUUUCCUCGGGGACUUCCACACGCGUCCCCAAGGUCGGGCAGCCUGGCAGCGCUCGGGAGCACAGGGCCCAACUUUGAGGUGGAUCCGCAGAAAGGCUUGAGGCCCCGCUUCCCCGGGUCGCGGGCGGCAGCGCAGCGUGCCGGGCUCCCUGCGCUGUACGCCGGGCUCUGACUGGGGUCGGGACGGGCGGCGGCGGCCGGGAGCUACCGCCUCUCCCUCCUCGCGCACGGAGCGGCCGGAGCGAGCCGGACGGCUGCUGCCCGCGGGCCGCGACACGCAGGGGCCGGGUGGCCCGGUGUUACCCCCGCUGACGUGCGCCCGGGGGAGGGCGGCGGCGGCGACGGCUCCCUCUUCCCUCCCUUCCCGCCGCACGCAGGAAGCUUAUCCGGCCGCGGCUGGCCCGGCGCCCCUCGCGCGGGGAAUUAAGAGAAAUACCAGCGGUGCCCCCGGCCGGGGUCUGCUCCCGGCCGCCUGCGGAGCGCGUGGGGAGGGGGCCGGCGCGGGGUGUCUCCGAGCCAGUUCUCGCGGUGCUGGCCAGGCUCAGCCUCCUUCCCCUCCCCGGCGAGCGGUGACUGUGCACGGCGGAGCGGGGAGCGCCGAGCCGGGCGCCGGGGGAGCCCGCGCCGCCCCGCCGAGCCAGGAGGAAGGCCGCCGAGCAGCGCGCCCGUCCGGCCCGUGCCCGCCGCCCUGCCCCAUGCCCCAGCGACGCUGAGCCUCCCGCAGCCCGAACAUGGCCACCACGGCAACGUGCACCCGCUUCACCGACGAGUACCAGCUCUACGAGGAGCUUGGCAAGGGAGCUUUCUCUGUGGUCCGCAGAUGUGUAAAGAAAAAUUCUUCACAGGAAUAUGCUGCAAAAAUCAUCAACACCAAAAAACUGUCAGCCAGAGAUCACCAGAAACUGGAACGUGAAGCUCGAAUUUGCCGACUUCUAAAGCAUCCAAAUAUUGUGCGACUCCAUGACAGUAUUUCAGAAGAAGGUUUCCAUUACCUCGUCUUUGAUCUGGUUACUGGUGGGGAGCUCUUUGAAGAUAUUGUUGCUAGAGAAUACUACAGUGAAGCAGAUGCCAGCCACUGUAUUCAUCAGAUACUGGAGAGUGUGAAUCACAUUCACCAGCAUGAUAUUGUGCACAGGGACUUGAAGCCUGAGAAUUUACUACUAGCGAGUAAAUGUAAGGGUGCUGCUGUCAAACUGGCUGACUUCGGACUGGCUAUAGAAGUCCAGGGAGAGCAGCAGGCCUGGUUUGGGUUUGCUGGUACUCCAGGCUACCUCUCCCCUGAAGUCUUAAGAAAAGAUCCUUAUGGAAAACCAGUGGAUAUAUGGGCAUGUGGAGUGAUUCUGUACAUAUUACUAGUGGGGUACCCUCCCUUUUGGGAUGAAGAUCAGCACAAACUCUAUCAGCAGAUCAAAGCCGGAGCCUAUGACUUCCCAUCACCUGAGUGGGACACUGUGACUCCCGAAGCCAAGAAUUUGAUCAACCAGAUGCUGACGAUAAACCCAGCGAAGCGCAUCACAGCUGACCAGGCUCUCAAACACCCAUGGGUCUGUCAACGAUCCACUGUUGCAUCAAUGAUGCACAGGCAGGAGACUGUGGAAUGCUUGAGAAAGUUCAAUGCUAGAAGGAAGCUAAAGGGUGCAAUCCUCACAACGAUGCUUGUGUCUCGGAAUUUUUCAGCUGCCAAAAGCCUGCUGAACAAGAAGUCAGAUGGAGUGAAGAAAAGGAAGUCGAGCUCCAGUGUGCAUUUGAUGCCACAGAGCAACAACAAAACCAGUAUAGUAAGCACUGCAAAAGAAACACCCCCAGUGCAGACGUCCAUGGAGCCUCAAACAACUGUUGUCCAUAAUGCUACAGAUGGCAUAAAGGGUUCCACAGAGAGCUGUAACACCACAACUGAAGAUGAGGAUCUGAAAGCUCCCCCUCUCUCCACCGGGGACGGCAGCUCAGUGCUUGAAGGACGGAGGCACAGUGAGAGCAAAACACAGACUGAGUCCAUGCAGUCCCAGCUUUCUCUCUGUUUCUCAGCCACUACACAGUCUUGUGAAGAGAAGCUCCAUGCCUGGGACAGCCCAGGGCAGACAUUGGAGUUAGAGCGUGCUCGGUCGGAGCCUUUGCUAACUCCAGUAGUUCCCUUUGUACUUAACCGAGCACCGUUGCGUAAGCAAGAGAUCAUUAAGAUAACAGAGCAGCUGAUAGAGGCCAUCAACAAUGGAGAUUUUGAGGCUUAUACAAAAAUCUGUGAUCCUGGCUUGACCUCGUUUGAACCUGAAGCACUGGGGAACCUGGUUGAAGGAAUGGAUUUCCAUAAGUUUUACUUUGAAAACUUACUGUCGAAGAACAGCAAGCCAAUCCACACGACCAUCCUGAACCCCCACGUCCACGUCAUCGGGGAGGACGCCGCCUGCAUCGCGUACAUCCGCCUGACGCAGUACAUCGACGGCCAAGGCCGGCCCCGCACCACGCAGUCGGAGGAGACCCGUGUCUGGCACCGCCGAGAUGGCAAGUGGCUCAAUGUCCACUACCACUGCUCUGGAGCUCCUGCAGCACCUCUCCAGUGAGGAUCAAAUACGGCAACUUGUGGAGAUACUCAGCUGGAGGGCAAUAUCUUCUUAGCAAGCAGCUCUGGAGUGCCUGAGUGACAGCAACGGUCAUGUCUGUUUUGACAUUAAAAAUAAAUACAAAUUAAAAACAGGCAGCAGCCAAAUGCACGAAACCCUGCAUGCAUCUGAUGCUCCGGGCACUGCCUUUCUGUUGUUUUCCAUGGAUCCAUCGUGUCUGUUUCUGCUGUACGAAGGUGUUUUUAAAUCUAAAAAAAAAGACAUGUUGUUUGUAUAAAAUAAUAAAAAAACAGGAAUAAUGCUAAAUAAAUGACAGAUUAUCCAACAUGCCCCCUCCCCCAGGGCUAAGAAAGUGGCAGCAGCCAGAACAUCUUUCAGAAAUGAAGUGAGGGGGAAAGCAAAAGUGAAGGAGAGAAGGAAGAGAGGGAGAGCAAGAAAGGAGGCGGCUUAAACAGAGGAUGGCUGAACUGUGCUCCACAAAGCGAUGGUGGAAGCUAAUACCACAUUCGGGCUGUGCUGCAGCUACAGUCGGUGAGAGGUGGAAAGGAGACCCCAGAGGAGCCAGUGUGAAGACUGGGGUUCAAGAGAGAGGAGGUGCUUCUCUUCCUGUUGCCCAGCAGUCUGACUUCAGCCUGUUUCUUCUUCGAUUUCUGCACAGCAAGAACGCUAUGGAGACCUGGUUGCUCAGCUGCUGGAUCCCAAAACAGACUUUUCUCUUUUUUUUCCUUUUUUUUUCUUGUUUUUUUUUUUUUUUUUUUUAAGAAAUAAAUCAAAAUGGAAUGUUGAUUUAAAACUAAAGAUGGAAGUAGGGAUUUAAAAAUGGGUUUAAGUAACCCAUUAUUAACCCAAUUAAUUAACUUGAACAGAAGCUCGCUCUUUAGUGAUACUGAUUUUAGAAACAGCCACUACCUGGACAAACAUGGAGUUUUGAAGCCAGCUUAUUUAAUUUAACAAAAUAAAAAAACAUUUCAUUAAGAGCAGAGAUUUUAGAGGAAGAGGGUAUUUGUAUGGGAUUUUCUAUUUUUUUUCUUUUUAGUAGCAUAGUUGGGAUCCACAGUGCUGCAGAACACAUGUUCCUUAGGAAGCAGACAAAAAACGUAGUGUUAUGUUCUUCAUGAAAACUUGCACAUACACUCCUAUAUGAGGCAUAAAUAGCGUGUGUUUUUUAUACUGAAAUAUAUGCACCCGUAGAAUUAAAGGGGUUACCUGGCCUCCUGUAUGAUUUGUUGGUCUCCAGUACAAUAGCAGUGGGAGCCAGCAGCCCCAGCCAGGUGCUUCUCCCCACCACUAACCCAUCUGAUGUUUGUAAGUGUCAUGUUUCCUAGUGUUUAUUUGGGUAAUUUUUCUAUUUUUUACAGUGAUGUUGUAACACAGAAAACUAUCAGAUCAGAACCUCAAAAGCUGUAGCUGAAGGAAUCCAGGCCACCCCCCACCCCGUGUUGCCUCUGGGUGUUAGAGGAUACCUGGUGAAGCAGCGGGGAAGGGGAAUGAACACGUGAUCUGAUGUUCAUCCUUUGGGCCAAUUCAUCUUCCUUUCUUUUCUUUGCUGCAAAAGGAGUUCAGUUCCUUUAUUCAUUGGGUGGGAGAUAUGGAAGUGUUUUGUUGACCUUACCAAGGAGGGAGCCUAGCCCCAAGAAGAAAAUGGCCUUUCUGGCAGGCCUGAUGGGAUUUGUCUUGACCAAGGGAAGGCAUCACUUGCAGAAGUUGGAAUGGACUUCUAGCUGAAUUUAUCUACCCCUAAGAAUUUUUUGGAUCUUUGGAGAGAGUUAAAAUUAUUUCCGUGACAGCAUACUAAGUGUGUGGCAAUCUUUUAGCAGACUAUAGAAGAGAAGAAAGAGAAUUUGGAAUUUUAAUCCUUAUUCAAUAAAAUGCAGAAAAUAAAAGCUGUUGCACAAAGCGGAGCUGUCACUUUGCAGCAGAUAGCGCUCUGCUCCCUUUAUUGGAGAGGUGCUAUCCCACACCAGGGUUAGAUCAGCUAACCACUGAUGAAGGAAAAGACCAUCCACACUUCCCAGGUUUAUUUGAGCAAACACCCUUUUCUUCCUCCCUCUGCUAUCCCAGCAGAGGAGUGAGGAGGGGAUUGAACCCAUGGGGAGGCAAACACUAGAUUUUAUUAUUUCAAAACAUUUCUAAGACAGUGUCUGAAGCGGAAAAGUAAAAAGUCUUGAUAUUUCAUUCAGAAAAUUUUUUAAGCCACAAAGAAAGCAAACAGAUUACAGUUAUGCCACUUUAAAAAGAUAAAUACGAAACAUUAUGCAUGCCUUCUUUCGGUCUGAUCUUCCUUGUCUCUUUACCUGAUAAUUAUUAAUAGUUAAAAAAGAGAACCCUCUGUAUUAAGUAUAUGCAUCUUUCAGAGAAAAUUUUAAAAGAACAGAACUGUUGGGUUUUUUUUGGUUUUGCACAGUCUUGGAGACAAACUCUUACAUAUUUUUUUUUGUUUUGUUUCCUUUUAAGUUAAUGAGAACCUUUGCUUGGUAUGGCCAUUAUCAAACACAGCUGUACACCUUUAGCAUUCUUAAUGUUCUCUUAUGGGGCUAAUGUAAGCAUCUAUAUAAUAUAUAUUAUAAAUAUCACAUUUUAAACAGGAAAUGGAAGGCAUUUGAUGCAGAAUUUUUGCAUGAUAUAGAAAUAAUUAAAGUUAGCUAGUGUUUGUUUGUUUGGUCUGAAUGUUGGUAGAACCUUCAUAGCUUUGUUACAAUGAAACCUUGAACUGAAGAUAUUUAAUAAAAUAACAUUUAAACAGUG